AUGGCACAGUGCAAGACCAAGGUGGUGGCAUUUUUCUAUUCUUCAACCACGGGGCAGUGGCAAUCCAUUGCAUCAAAGGCUUGGAGCGAUUUGUUACUCUGCGGCAUGCCAAUUGUAUCUUUGAAAUACCGUUUGUUCUACCGUAGUCAUUAUGCCUACGGAUGUUUGUACUGGCCGAUGACGAAUGGGAUAGAAUUUGGGCUGAAGAAUCGUCCGAGGGAAGCUAUGCUCAUGCUUGACACCAUGACAAUGGAGUUCUCCGUUGCUGAUUAUCCACCUGGAAGAUGGAGAGGGUUCCAGGUUGGCAUCGUGGAGGCAGGGGAAGGCAGGCUUGGAUUGCUCACUUUCUCAAUUAAUGACGCAGCAUCACAACUUCGUUAUAUGGUUAGGCAAAACACAGAUGGGAGUAACAAUGAGUGGCAGUUGGAGAAGAUAAUCCCCUUGGGUUCGGGCAAUCAUUCUAUUGUUGCUUCAACCGAGAGGUACUUGCUCCUCCUAAGGUUAGAUUUUGGGACAGACCACUCUGAAGGUCUCUCAUUAGAUGUCAAGACAUUUCAGCUUGAGAGGGUGUGUGAGCUAUCUGACGUUACAAGCAGGUCAAUAUAUACCAGCUUCCCUCCAUCAUUGUCAUCCAGGACAGUAUGA